AAUUAAACCCAACUCUCAAAGUUUCAGACUUUGAAUUGCAACUCUCUUUUUCCUCAUUUUCUGUCUGUUAAAUUAAACCCAACUCAAUUUUUUUUUGGGUAAUAACUGGUUUGACCAGAACCCAUUAUGGGUAGAGCUUACAAAAGUACUACUCCCCAUUUAAAAAUGCUGCUCAUGCUUUCAGUUUCUCUCUGUGUCAGUAUACAAAAACCAGAGAGAGAGAGAGAGAGAGAGAGAGAGAGAGACUCUCUAUUGUUUAUAUUUUGAAAAUGUUGAGGAAAUGAAGCAGCUGGGGUUGGUUGUUUAUUUUGAUUGUGCUUCUGUUUUGUAUUGAUAUGAAGAGAGAUCCUCUUCAAUUGACAAAACCAGUUUGCACUACCCAUCACAGAACAAGACAAGAGCUAUGUACACAAACAAGUCUUGUUGCAGCAAAACAAACAAUUAUACAAACACAACAACAUUCCUCUAAAAUGACUGCUUCCACUAACCACUUUACCUCCCCAAUGAUGCCUGUUUUUGUUGCUUUCCUUUUUGUUUUUGCUUCCUUUUCUAUUUGCCCUGUUGUUCUGUCUCUAUCAAGUCCCUCAGAUUCCGGUGACCGGGUAUUGGUAAACCAGACUUUCAGGCCAGGUAAAGAGCUUCAGAGGAUAAAGAGAGCCCAAGCUUUUUUGAAGAAGAUCAACAAGCCUGCUGUCGAGACAAUUCAGAGCCCUGAUGGUGAUGUGAUUGAUUGUGUGUUAUCCCAUCAACAACCUGCCUUUGACCAUCCUGAGCUUAGAGGACAGAAACCAUUGGAUCCACCAGAAAGACCGGAAGGCCUCAGUUACACAACAGAGACAGAAGCAGAGGUGUUUCAGCAAUGGAGAGAUUCAGGUGAAUCAUGCCCAGAAGGAACAGUCCCAAUCAGGAGAACCACAGAGAAGGAUAUUCUAAGAGCAAGUUCCAUAAAAAGAUUUGGCAGGAAACUAAGAAGCCAUGUAAAAAGAGACUCCUCAGGCACUGGUCAUGAGCAUGCAGUGGUGUUUGUAAAUGGUGAUCAAUAUUAUGGAGCAAAAGCAAACAUAAACAUCUGGGCUCCUCGCGUAACCAAUGCAUACGAAUUCAGCUUAUCACAAGUAUGGCUCAUCUCUGGAUCAUUUGGUAAUGAUCUUAACACCAUUGAAGCUGGUUGGCAGGUCAGUCCAGAGCUCUACGGAGACAACUAUCCAAGAUUUUUCACUUAUUGGACUACUGAUGCUUACCAAGCAACUGGGUGCUACAAUUUACUCUGCUCAGGCUUUGUGCAAACCAAUAACAAGAUUGCCAUUGGAUCUGCAAUAUCUCCAAGGUCCACUUACAAUGGCAGACAGUUUGAUAUAGGGCUUAUGGUUUGGAAGGAUCCAAAGCAUGGACAUUGGUGGCUCCAGUUCGGAUCAGGGCUGCUGGUAGGGUAUUGGCCUGCAAAUUUGUUUACUCACUUAAGAAACCAUGCAAGCAUGGUACAGUUUGGAGGAGAAAUUGUGAACUCAAGAUCUUCAGGGUACCAUACCUCCACCCAAAUGGGUAGUGGCCAUUUUGCAGUGGAAGGGUUUGGAAAAGCUUCCUAUUUUAGGAAUUUGCAGGUUGUGGAUUGGGACAAUAGUUUGCUUCCAUUGACAAAUCUACAUCUCUUGGCGGAUCAUUCCAAUUGUUAUGAUAUUAGACAAGGGAGAAACAAUGUUUGGGGAACUUACUUUUACUAUGGAGGCCCUGGAAGGAAUGUAAGAUGUCCUUAAGAAAUAUGGCAUAGAAUACAGAGCAAAAUAAUUUUUUUUCUUUUUCCUUUUUGGGUUUUAUUUUUUGGGUCAAUAGAAGUUAUCCAAGUCCUUUCUCUACAGGUAAUUCAUAGAAGUUUGAGAGCCAUGUAAAUCAUUGAAAUUGUUAAUAAAUUAAAUGGGUUUGGUUUGUUGUA